GUUUUUAUGCGCCCAAAUAUAAGUUUAUUAUUUAAUUUAAAAUGUCAGAUCAAUGUACCAAAGGAAUCAAUUGGGGAUCAGUUUCUGUUGACGACAAAAAUUUAUCACUGAAAUAUAACUCUAGCAACAUAAUUAAAUUACCACUCAAAAAGGUGGUUAAUUCAAAUACUUAGAAAAAUGACAUCGUAUUGCAAUUGACAACUGAGGAAUGUGGAGAAAAGUAUAGCUUCAAUGAUUAAUUAGUGAUGACAUGUUAUGCGAAGUGAGAUUUUUCAUUCCUCCAUCAGAACAAGUAAAAUUUGAAAUCAAAUUAGAAAGUCAAACAAGAAAAAAAAAAAUAAGAUGGAGGAGAUUCGGAUUAAGAAAAAGUUGAUGAAGAAGAAGAAGAAGAACCAACAUUCUAAUAAAAACUAUAGAAUGACAUUUUAGUUAAGGCUAAAAUUGGACAAAGUAGUGCUGACUCGAUUCUUACCAUUCAUGAUGUUCCUUUAAUUGUACCAAGGUAAUUGAUAUAUUAUUUUUCGAAAGAGGGCGUUACACUAUGGACUUCUUUAAAAAAGAUAUUCGAUUUCAUGGAAAUACUUAUUAAUUCACAACAGAUUAUAAGGGUAUCUCAAGAUUUUUCUUAUUGCCCAUGCCUGAUGAAAUUAAUUUAUCACUUGUGAUAGGAUUAGAACAUCCUUUCAAAUAAGGAUAGACAGCCUACAACUACUUAGUAAUGCAAUUUAAGAAAGAUUAUGAAAAUGAAAUUAAAUUAAAAUAUUAAAGGCAAUAACUUGAUGAAAUUGGAUGGAAAGAAAUCAAAGAAGAAUACUCAGGCCCAUUAUAUGACACAGUAUGCGAAUUAUUAUCUGAAAUAACAGGAAUUAAGGUUGUUACACCUAAGAACUUUAAAACUAAAAAUGGUUUAUGUUGUUUGAGAUGUUCUGUUGGUCCUCAUUCUGGAUUCUUAUUCCCAUUAGAGAAAUCUCUAAUAUAUUUACAAAAACCUGUCCUACACAUCAAACAUGAAGAAAUAAAGGAAGUUAUUUUUUAAAGAGUAUAAUUUUAUGAUGAAUUCUUAGAUUGGAUAAACAAAUUUGAAUAAGUUCUUUGAUGUAAAGGUUAUAUAUAAAAAUUCAAAUCAACUUUUUUCUAGUAUUGAAAAAGAUGAAUUAGAUAACUUAACUCAAUAUUUAUCAGCCAAAAAGAUAGCAGUUAGAAAACUAUAAGAGGAACUCCCUCGUGUGUAACUGAGCGAAAGUGAUUAAGAUGACGAUGAUGAUAGUAGAAGCAAAAAGUUUUUUAUUUCAUUUAUAUAAUCCAAGGAAUAAAGCUAAUGCAGACUUAAAUAAUUUAGAUUCAGAUGAAGAUGAUGACGAUUUUCAAGAGGGAGACGUUGAAGAACAAUCAGAUGGAAGUGAGGACAGUAAUGAAUCUGAAAGUAAUUCAAGAAAGAAAAAAUGAUGUUAUAAUAAAU